CAUCUUGGCUUCUGGUCUGACCGUGGACGACCCCGUGAUAAGAAGUAGCUGUAAUUAAGUGAACCUCUGCCAAUUUUGCAACCAAAUUACAGUUAACAAUGUUCCGUCUACAACAAUCACAACCAGAUCCAGCAGAGGAACAGAAGAGAGUUUCUGCCGAGGUUCGGAACAAUUUUAUCAUCUUUGGAGCGCUCUGCAUAGCCAUACGACUUGCUCCUAUUGUUCUGCAACACCUGAAGAACGCGUAGCAGUAAUAUAUUUGGAACUAGAUGAAGGACGCUACAUACAAAUUUAACAUAUAGAUGCAUUUAGCUUUUAAGCACGUGCAUUUUAUGCGGCGUUUUAAU